AUGCGUUUAGUGACUGUUCUUUCUCUACUUAUCACUCAGAUUCUAGCAGCUCAGAAAAGUAGUAUUGGUCCUCCGAAACUUCUAGAGCAAUCGGAAGAAGAAGUAUGGUAUCAUUUAGAUGACGAUGACAUCAAAAAUAGGUUGACACUUCGGUGCGAAGCAGAUGAGAAUACUGACAGAUACUAUUGGCUGAAAAACGGAGAGCCGUUUGAAAUUGAUUCAGAUGAUGUUUUAUGGGAGAAAGAAGGCCAAUCGGGGUCAAUUGUGUUCGUCAAACCACAUAUUAGUCAUCAAGGAUACUAUCAGUGCUUCGCAUCGAACAUUUUUGGAACUGCUCUCUCGAAUAAAAUGAAUUUGAGACUUGGAUCACUCGAACAUUUUCCGAAACGAGAUAUUCAAGUAUUGAGAGUGAAAGAGGGAGAAUCAUUGACGUUGAACUGUACACCUCCACGGGGAACACCUUCUCCGAAAAUUAUUUGGCUUUAUAGAAAGUUGUCAGUUAGUCCAAGUGAAGUGACGAUUCGAGCCGGAGGACAACUGAAACUACAAUGUAUUUUCGGUGGGAGACCUCUUCCAACAAUCUUCUGGUCGAAAGUUGAUGGGGAGCUUCCAAAAUCAAGACUAAAAGAUUUGACAUCUCAUGAAAGUGAUUUCGGACGGUCUCUGAUUGUUGAGAAUGUUCAUCCGGAUGAUGCAGGAGUAUAUGAAUGUAGAGGAAGACAUUUAGUUCAUACAGUUAAUGUUCGAGUUAUGGCUGCUCCAUUCUGGGAAUUCGAUCCUCCACAUGAUAUUUCUCUACCUGAAGAGAGUACAGGAGAGUUGGAAUGCCUUGCUGGAGGUCAACCAACUCCAAUUAUCACGUGGAGUAUGAACGGAAAAUUUCUACAUGAAUUGGCCGAAGAUUCACGAAGAGUUCUGCUCGAUCAUGGAAGAAUUUUGAGAGUUCGAAGUUUGAAUCAUGAUCUGGAUACUGGUGUUUAUCAGUGUAAUGCGAGUAACCCAUUGGGAUAUGUCUUUGCAAAUGCAUUUGUUCAUGUUAGAGCACACGCUCCAUUCUUCCGAAUGCCAGCUGCUCGCCACUGGAAAGUUGUUCUUCACUCUACAGUAAUCCUCGAUUGUGACGUGGAUGCUGCACCAGAAGCAGUCGUUAGAUGGGUUGAUGCAGAUGAUAGGCCUCUUCAAGUGGUCGAAGGAAAGAAUAAAAAGAUGUACCGGAGGAAAACCAUUGACAACACUGAGUAG